ACGAGGUUCGGGUGCAUUUCCUUCGGCGUUUCGCGUAUUUAGCGACGACUGCUUGGCGGCGUUGUUACAAGAUCAUUCCGUCGUUCUUGGUCGGAAUUGAUGACAAAAACUAACCCGCAUCCGGUUAAAACGGCCAACCGCGUUCGCGUAGCUCGCGCAGUAUUUCGCUGACUAGCGGCAGGCUAAAAGUUUUUGGCCAUCUUACGCACCUCGUGGUUUGCGUUUGGUACACACCGUGGGUGUUUUAAGAGAGCCUUAAAAGUGUUACAGCAUUAGUCGCUUUUUUGUCGGUAACAAUCUGUUACAACUUAACGGUGCGUUCAUCAAUAGUAAAGGAAAUAGUUGUUAGUUUCAGUGCUUUGUCACCGGAAGUGGAUUGUGUAAUCUAGUUACGUUGGUCAGAGUGUUCGAUAAUCGGACUCUUCGACUCUUCGGUCUUUACGUGGACCCGUCAAGGAUACAACUGCUUUGGCGUACUACGCUACUCCGCUUAGAAGUGGUACAAACCAGUAGGCGCCAGACAAAAACGAUCGUUCUGGUCUACCUUCCCUACCCGACAAAGUGUGAAUUACAUUACGAAGGCAACGCAAGGAAAAGCUGAAAGGAAGAAGAAAACAAGAUAACAAACACCCGCGCAGCAGCAACAGAGAGCACCGAAAACGGAAGUCAACACCAGUCCACCCAGUAUGUCAGCCCAUCAUCAAAUGGCUGUGAAUGGCACGGCCAAUCAUCACAGCAGUGAAAAUAAUCACACCACUCACAAUACGCACGAACAGAUGCAUAACCGCCGUCAGAAUCCCUACAGUAGAAAGGUCACAGUGGUGCUGGGUGCCCAAUGGGGUGACGAAGGCAAGGGCAAGGUGGUCGAUAUGUUGGCCGAAAAUGCUGACAUUGUGUGUCGUUGUCAGGGUGGAAAUAAUGCAGGCCACACGGUGGUUGUUGGAGAAAAGGUCUUUGAUUUUCAUCUUCUGCCUAGUGGAAUCAUCCAUGAGAAGAGUAACUCAGUUAUUGGCAAUGGAGUGGUCGUACACUUGCCCGGGUUGUUCGACGAGCUUGCCAAAAAUGAAGCGAAAGGGUUGAAGAAUUGGGAAGGUCGAUUAAUAAUCUCAAACCGUGCUCACCUGGUGCUGGACCUGCACCAACAGGUCGAUGGUUUGCAAGAGGCAGAAAAGGGUGGUAAAUCGCUCGGCACAACCAAGAAAGGUAUCGGGCCGUGCUAUUCCAGUAAGGCGACCCGCAACGGUAUCCGUGUGUCGGAUCUGUUGGGCGACUUUAAGAUGUUCAGUGAAAAGUUUGAAGCGCUGGUAGCCAUGUACAAACGACUCUACGCCGAUUUCUCGGUGGACGUAAAUGCGGAACUCGCACGAUAUCGCGAGUAUGCCGAACGGUUGAGACCGUUGGUGCGCGACUCGGUGUCGUAUUUGCACACGUCGCUUAAGGAGGGCAAAAGCGUAUUGGUCGAAGGAGCGAACGCCGCCAUGCUGGACAUUGACUUUGGCACUUAUCCGUACGUGACAAGCAGCAAUUGCAGUAUCGGCGGUGUGUUGACCGGACUGGGCUUACCGCCACAGGCGAUCGGAGAAGUGAUCGGCGUGGUGAAAGCUUACACUACCCGCGUAGGGGAUGGACCCUUCCCAACGGAAUUGCACGAUGAAAUUGGUUCGUUGCUGCAGAAGCGUGGUGGCGAGGUAGGUGUAACCACGCAAAGAAUUCGUAGGUGUGGUUGGCUCGAUCUGGCACUGCUACGGUACACCUCCAUUGUCAACGGGUACACCGCAAUUUGUCUAACCAAGCUAGACAUUCUGGAUACGCUCAAGGAAAUUAAAGUAGCUGUCAGCUACAAUCUGAAUGGAAAGAAAAUUGAUUAUUUCCCCGGUUCGAUCACCGACCUAAGCCAGGUGGAGGUUAACUACAUUACCGUACCGGGAUGGUUACAAUCGACAGAAAAUGUGCGCGACUUUGGUGAACUUCCUCCACAGGCGCAAGAUUACAUACGGUUAAUCGAAAACGAUCUGGACGUACCGGUCAAGUGGAUCGGUGUCGGUAAAGGUCGUGAAUCAAUUAUCUGCGUAAAGGAUUAAAGCGAACAGUUGCGCGUGCAUAAUGUGGGUGAAGCAGACGGGAUGAACCUUUUAAUUCCAUCCUUUACAAAACAACCAAUUCAUCUUCAUCAACAUCAUACAUAAGCUUAAUCGUCGUAAUAGUUUAAUCGUCAAUUUUCCUUCGUUAUUUUCCUGCUCUGCGCAAGGGGGAAAACGAAAACAAGAACGUAGGAAAGCUACCGUUUUGUCCCUUUGGAAAUUUAGAUGUUUGGAGAAAUUUGUACACGCAACAAUAGUGUGCUCCUGGUUUAGUUUACUGCAGCAAAUUACGCUUUUACAUUUUACCCCUAACAAACAGAAAUGAAACGAAAAGUUGUGUGAACCAAAAGCCUAACUUUUUAGAUUCACCUGAUAUGCUCCUGGAAGAAACUGCAAGGCGCACUUGAACUUAAGGGAAGGAAAUUACUUUAAGGCCAUUGCCUACGCACAACGUAUUUACCCUAUAGCCUAUACUAUGCAAACAGGCCUCGAAAGAUUAGAUUUUGCUCACCGAAAGAUGAAAUGAAAAAAAAAUGAACACCAUUAAGUACUACAGCCUAAUAGUAUAUACCAAACAGACGAAGAUGCAAGAAAAAGGACGUGAGUGAACCAAAUAAGAUUCACGUUAACACAACAACACAAUAUUACAGCUUACAGGAAGCUUGGCUGGUCCGUUCAUUAUAACACUGGUAAAUUGUUGUAUGUGCAAAGGUAAGAGCAGAGAAGCUAAAUGUACUGCAUGAAGCCAACCCUACUUCGCUAGAAUAUGUACAGUGUAAAAGAAAAGAAGGGGACACCUGUACGUAAACAAAAAAAAGGAAAAAAAACAGCAAUGCACAGCAUACGAUAGUUAGAAAUUUGUUCAAUAUUUCAUGUUUUAGAUGGACACUGCGAUGAUGUGUAAAUGUACGAAACAAACGUAGUCGCAAACAGAUAACAGGAACACACGGCAUAUAAUGCUGCAAUGCGACUUUCGCUAAAUGUAAAAUUAUGUCGAUUAUGGAAAAGCUACCAUGAACAGAUAUCGUUUUGCUCAGCAAGGGUGAAAGGGGAAUACGAAUGAAUUCAGAAUGAGCGAUAACCCGGGAAAUAGCCAAAAAGACUAGCUGAAAUAGAAGAGGUAUACAUUUGUGGUUUAAAAAGCUGCUUAUUUUUUUAGGUAUUGUUUUUAUCCUACACAACAUUUCGUAAAUUGUGCUUAUAGCAAACAACUGUAGCUCUAUUAGUGCGAGAUGUUUCAUUUACAUAUUAACUUUUAUUUUUUAAUUUUCUUUUUUCAAUGACGCAUCUAUAACAAAUCAGUGUAUGAGCUUCAGCAGACACAUUGUGCAGCGCAUUGUGUAAAUCGAUCCUAAUCCUAAUUUACAGAUCCUAAAGUAAAUAUAUUGGAAUGAGUUUGUUUACUUAAGGUAGUGUAAGGCAACAACAGCACUUUGUAGGAUCCUAUUGCCGGGUGUGUGUGUGUGUGGUGGUAAAAUAAUUUUAUAUUUUCUGUUUCUUUGCCUUUUUUUUACCUCAGGUUAGAAUAUGUCCUAAUAUGACGCGUCCCAGUUUUUAACAGUUGUUAUUUUUAUUAUUCCUUUUUUACCAAGCCCGAUUCACUGUUACAAUGAAUGUAAAGCGAUACAGAUGAAAAAAAGAAAACAAACACAUCACCUGUAUUGUUUUAAAAUUUUUUUUAGUUGGUUGAUUGAUCUAAUGGAAAUUUUAACAAAUCUGUUAGCCUUUUUAUAU